AUGGCUUUGGAGAGAUUUGUAACAAAAACUUUAGCCUUGCUUGAAAAAGAACGUCAUGCCGAAAUUGAAGAGACAAGCUAUCUUCAUGAAAAGUUACCUCCAAAAGAACUUGAAAGAAAAGGAGUGUGUCUCCUUAAGCUUCAAGUGGCCAGUCAUGCAUCUGGUCUUUAUGGGCGGACAGUGGUCACUUUUGAACCAUUUUGGAUGAAAAAAGAGCUUCCGCCUCACAAUAUGAAUCCUGGUGAUAUUGUACAACUUAGUUUAAGUCAGAGUGACAUGGGUCAGAAAGAAGGUUUGGCAACUGGUCUUGUAUCCAGGGUAACACCAUCCAGUAUUGCUGUAGCCUUUGAUGAAUCGCAGAAACUUGAAUCUCUUGAUUCUGACCUGCAAUAUAAACUCCUUAAAGUUGCUAACGAUGUUACUUAUCAAAGACUAAAACGAGCUUUGACAGAUCUUCACAAAGCUGAACGAGGACCAUCAUGUCAUCUUGUAAAUGUUUUAUUUGGAGAGGAAGAACUGUACCCAUCAGAAGAAUCCCAAGACCUGAAAUUCUUUAAUACAAAUUUGAAUGAGUGUCAAAAGAAAGCAGUUGAGUUUGCCAUAUUUCAAAGAGACAUUGCUGUUAUCCACGGCCCACCAGGAACAGGGAAGACUACAACCGUUGUGGAAAUUGUUAUGCAGGCUGUCAAACAAAAACAAAAGGUUCUUGCCUGUGCUCCCUCUAACAUUGCUGUUGAUAAUCUUGUUGAACGUUUGGUUAACCUAAAACAGAAAGUUGUGCGCCUUGGCCAUCCAUCUCGUUUGCUACCUCACUUGCAAAAAUAUUGCCUUGAUGCAAUUCUCACUUCCAGUAAUGCUGGCAAACUGGUGAUAGAUGUUAAAAAAGAUAUGGAUAAAGCUUGUGCACAGUUGAUAAAGUGUAAAAACCGUGGUGAGAAAUUCAAAUACACUGAAGAAAUGAAGUUCCUGAGGAAAGAACUUCGACAACGAAUGAGUCUGGCAACUAAAGAAGUUUUGGAACAUGCUGAUGUUGUUCUUGUCACUCUGACCAGUGCCUCAAAUGACGGUGCUUUGAGAGAGCUGAAAGAUGACUAUUUUAACUUGGUAGUCAUUGAUGAGUGCUCACAGGCAAUUGAAGCUGCUUGUUGGAUGGCACUUCCUCGUGCCAGAAAAUGUGUUCUUGCUGGAGACCAUUGUCAGUUGCCACCUACUAUUAUCUCAGAAGAGGCAGCAAAAGAAGGCUUAGAAGAAACAUUAAUGGAAAGGAUACUAAAAUUGUAUGGAAAUCAAAUUAAGAGAAUGUUGGUCACUCAAUACCGUAUGCACCAUUUGAUAAUGCAGUGGUCAUCUGAUAAAUUAUAUGAUGGACAGCUAGUGGCUGACUCUUCUGUAGAACAUCAUUUGCUCAGGGAUUUGAAUGGAAUUGAAGAUGGAGAAUUAACUUCAGAGCCUUUACUGCUUAUUGACACUGCUGGUUGUGAUUUGUGGGAAAUGGAUGUUCCUGAGGAAAUCUCAAAAGGAAAUAAAGGAGAGGCUGAUAUUGUGAAUCAUCAUGUCAGGAGGCUCAUCUCUUGUGGUCUUUCUGUGGAUGAAAUUGCUGUCAUUGCUCCAUACAAUCUCCAAGUGGAAUUACUUCGCCUCCGGUUAAGUGCAGAUUUUCCUAAAUUAGAAAUAAAAUCUGUUGAUGGUUUUCAAGGCCGAGAAAAAGAGGCAGUUGUCAUUUCUAUGGUGAGGUCCAACAAAAAAGGAGAAAUUGGUUUCUUGGCUGAAAAUCGUCGUAUCAACGUUGCUAUAACUCGUGCUAAACGACAUCUGGCUAUUGUCUGUGAUAGUGAAACUCUUAACCAUAAUGACUUCCUGUGUUCGCUUAUGGAGUACAUGUCCAACAAGGGUUUUGUACACACUGCUCAUGAAUAUAUACAAGAAGGUAUCACAGGUGUAAUACACUCUGACAAAACAGAGUUGCUGCAUGAAAUUGAGAAAUGCAACAAGAAAAAGAAAUCAACAGAUAAAAAACAGAACAAAAGCAAACAGCUAACAAAGAAAGAGAAUGAUGAAAAAAGGCAAAAAGAACUUCAUCAGAUCCUUACAGAUUUUGCCAAUAAUUCCAGUGAGACAACCAAAGCAUUUCCACCAUCUCUUAACUCUUUUGAGAGGAUGUUAGUUCAUGAGAUUGCUGUGAAAUUAGGCUUGAGUCAUCUAAGUGAAGGAGAUGGAGAAGACAGACACAUAGUUGUUAGCAAGUCCAAGGGCGACAACCUUGCUAAAUUACAAGCAAUUACAGAAGAGAAGCUUGAAGAUACCAUAAAUGCAUUGAAUAUUGAUGAAGAGAGAGAGAAAUGUUCACACUGUAUGCGAGACAUUCUCAAAAACAACUUUCACCUUCACGUGAUGCAUUGUAGUCGCAGGGUGGCUGCUGCACAGAAAACUCUGCUCACUACCCAACCACUGCCUCAGCCAUCUAAAUCCAAAAAUAAGCCUAAGAAAACUGAUAAGAUGGUGAAAGCAUUAACUAAUAUUGAUGCAGAUGAUUUUGAUGGCCUUAUUACUGCAGCAAUGAACAUUAACUCCAGGUGUGGUUUCAGCAAAUGUAAACAGAAAACACAAGUGCUGGGAGUAGAUUGUCAGUUCUGUCGUCUGCGAUAUUGCUUUUCUCAUUCCCUUCCUGAGGUUCACGGCUGUGGGCAUGAAGCCAAAGCUCAUGCUCGUUCAACUCUUGUCAAAGAAGGUGUAGUCUAUCGCGGUAGUGGAGUUCCCAGUAAAUUACCAAAUCCUACAAAGAAGGCUCAACUCCAAAAGAAACUGGACAAAAAGUUAACAAAUAUGGCUGACCAGCGAAAGUCUAAACCCAAAAAAUCUUGA